GUUACCCCCUUCACAUUCUUUUUGGUCGGUUGUCACUUGUGAAUCCUUCCCACCACCUUCUUCCCAUUUAAUCAUUCUCCACUCACUCUUUCUCUCUCCGUCUCUCUCUCUCUCUCUCUCUCUUCUCUUUCUCUUUGGCAAUGGCUUCAUGUGGUAUCAACAUUCAAUACUUGCUGCUAUGUGUUAUGCUUGCAAGAAUAAGACAAUGUGUCACUUCUCAGGUUUAUGUUGCUUAUAUGGGAAGUAGUGGUGUGCACUCAGAGGAGGUUUUGAAGCAGAACCAUGAAAUGCUUGCUGCUGUACAUGGAGGAAGCAAUGAGAAGGCCAUGAGUUCUCAUGUUUAUAGUUACAGUAAUGGUUUUAGAGGAUUUGCAGCCAAGUUGAGUGAAGAGCAAGCUUUGGAGAUUGCUGAGAUGCCUGGUGUGGUCUCUGUGUUCCCAAAUGAGAAGAGAAGCUUGCACACAACUCAUUCAUGGGAUUUCAUGGGGCUUUCUGUGGAUGAAGAGAUGGAGAUCCCUGGAUUUGCUACCAAGAACCAAGAGAAUGUUAUAAUUGGUUUCAUUGACACUGGGAUAUGGCCAGAAUCACCAAGCUUUAAUGAUCGUGGCAUGCCUCCUGUGCCUUCUAGAUGGAAAGGAGAGUGUCAAACUGGAGAGUCAUUCACAGCAUCUGAUUGCAAUAAGAAGGUGGUAGGAGCAAGGUACUAUCUGAAUGGAUAUGAAUCUGAAGAAGAAUAUGGUGAACUUCUAAAGAAAUCAAACAAUGCUGUCAAGUACAAGUCUCCGAGAGACAGUUCUGGCCAUGGAAGUCACACAGCAUCGAUAGCAGCAGGACGAUAUGUAAAUAAUGUGAACUAUAGUGGUUUGGCAUCAGGUGAAGCUCGUGGAGGGGCUUCAAUGGCAAGAAUAGCAGUCUACAAGACUUGCUGGGAAUCAGGUUGUUACGAUGCAGACAUACUCGCUGCUUUCAAUGAUGCUAUAAGAGAUGGAGUCGAUAUAAUUUCCGUGUCCUUAGGACCAACUUCUCCGCAAGGAGAUUACUUCAGUGAUGCCAUUUCAAUUGGCUCAUUUCAUGCAACUAGUCAUGGUAUCAUGGUUGUUUCUUCAGCGGGCAAUGUAGGCACUCGAGGCUCCGUGACUAAUCUCGCGCCAUGGAUGCUCACCGUGGCUGCUAGUUCUACUGAUAGAGAUUUCACUUCGUAUGUUAUACUUGGGAAUGGCACAAAACUAAUGGGUGAAAGCUUGAAUGUGUUAAGAAUGAAUCGAUCUGCAGGGAUAAUUCCUGCUGGAGAAGCUAAUGGAGGAUACUUCACUCCUUAUCAGUCAAGUUUCUGCUUGGAAAGCUCUUUGAACAAAACAAAGGCCAGAGGGAAAAUACUCAUUUGCCGCCACUCUGGUAGUUCUUCUGAAUCAAGGCUUGCAAAGAGUGUGGUGGUGAAGAGAGCAGGGGGUGUAGGAAUGAUUCUAAUUGAUGAAGUAGAAAGCGAUAUUGCUAUUCCAUUUGCUAUACCUGCAGCAAGUGUUGACAGAAGAACUGCAGAAAAAAUCUUGUCAUUUGUAAAUCAUACAAGGAAUCCAAGAUCAUUGAUUUUACCUACAAAGGCGAUAUUAGGAUCAAAACCAGCACCAAGGAUGGCAGCAUUCUCUUCAAAAGGUCCGAAUUCUUUGACCCCAGGGAUUUUAAAGCCUGAUAUCACAGCUCCGGGAUUAAAUAUUUUAGCAGCUUGGUCUCCUGCAGUAAAAAUAAUGAACUUUAACAUUCUCUCUGGUACCUCAAUGUCAUGUCCUCAUAUAACAGGCAUUGCCGCAUUGAUCAAAGCUGUAUAUCCAUCAUGGUCUCCGUCAGCUAUCAAGUCAGCAAUCAUGACGACCGCAACUACAUUGGACAAGAGAGGGAAGGCUAUAACAGCUGAUCCUACAGGGAGGAUGGCAACUCCAUUUGACUAUGGCUCAGGCUUCCCGAACCCUGUAAGAGUUCUUGAUCCGGGCCUUGUGUACGACGCACAACCUGCAGACUACAAGGCAUUUCUUUGUUCCAUUGGCUAUGAUGACAAGUCCUUGCAGCGAGUAACUGGAGAUAACAGCACAUGCACAAGAACAGCCGCAGCAUCAGCUUCUGAUCUAAACUAUCCAACAAUUACAGUACCCGAGCUCAGGGGAAGCUACUUGGUGACACGAACCGUGACAAAUGUAGGAAGGCCAAGAAGUGUUUAUCGAGCUCUGAUAUCACCACCGGCCGGCAUCCAAGUCACGGUGGUGCCUAAAAUUCUUGCGUUCAGAAACUAUGGUGAGAAGAGGAACUUCACAGUGAGUUUCAGAGCUACUGCCCCUUCUAAGGGCUAUGUCUUUGGUUCACUUACAUGGAAAACUAAAGCACUUGCAGUCACCAGUCCUCUGGUUGUUAGAUUGGCAUCUUCCAAUACAGGGUUAUUAUGAUGUCUUGGAACUGAUGCAGUUCAAC